AUGCCGUUUGAGGAGCAUUACCGGUUCGACCACUCGGCAGUGGCGUCCCCGCGACAAACGUACCCGGACUCACCAAGACAGUCUUCCUCGUCCAUCCCUGGCACACCCCGCGAGACCAGCGCCACGUUUCGCCCACCCGUCCCAAAGCACGAUCCCGCCACUCUCGACGGUCCGUCACGCUUGAGGCGAUCGCGGUCGAAUAGCGCCAGCUCACGAUCCAGCCUCGAGGGUCGUCGCGAAAGGUCUACGCGGGCACUUGCACCCCCCAGCCUGGACAAGCCACUUCCGUCAUGUCCAAGAAGCAGCCCGUCGUCAAAGUACAACGACUGGUACAGCCUGAAGGGGUACCGCAACUUUGACAUCUGUCCGACUUGUUACGAGGGUGCCUUUGCCGACACGCCGUUCGAUAUUCAUUUUUCACAGGCACGACUGUACGACCGUCCAACCGAACGUCUCUGCGACUUCAGCAGUCCAUGGAUGCGCCUCGCCUGGCUCCUGACCAUCAAACAACGUCGCCAAUCCCUACAACUCCUCUACGCCCUCGCCGACAUCGCAGACGGCGAGCGGCCGUGCCCCGGGGACCGAGAAGCCAGCAGCGACCGCAUCAACUGGUACGGUAUCCCCGACCAACGCGACGGCAUCCACGUCGCAAACUUCGCCAUCUGCUCCUGCGACGUCCGCAUGAUCGAAGCCAUCUUCCCCACCAUGCGCGGCUACUUCACCCGCCUACCCCCCUCGCACCAACCCACAAAGUCCCUCUGCAGCCUCCGCAUCGCCUCCCGCCGUUUCCCAAAAUACCUCGACCUCCUCGUCGAACUCGACGCCGAGGCUCAGUCCCUCGCCCUCCGCCCAAAUAUCGCACGCUUCAUCCAGCUCGCCCGCGACAGCGCCUUCAAGGGCGAGUGCGCGAGGGAUAAAGCCUACCUGCGCAAGCCAUGGCACUUUAUCCCUGCCCUCCCCGAACUCACAGUCUGCGAGGAGUGCUACGACGACGUCGUCUGGCCUGCUAUGCAGACCCAGAAAUCCUCCCUGCCCCGCCUCUUCACUAAAGCUAUCCAGCUCGUGCCUCAGGAAGAUACGGAUGUGGGGUCCAGCUGUGCGCUGUAUAGCCCCCGUAUGCGCAGGGUCUGGGAGACGAGUAUCAGGGAGGAUGACUUUAUGUAUCUCAAGCGCAAGGCGGUGGAGAGGAAGAGGGCGGAGGCAAGGUUGGCGAGGGAGCGGAAGGGUGUUGUUGCUUGGAUGGCGGGGGUGGAGAGGGGGGGCCGCGAGUGGGAGCGCGCUAGGGCUGAGCUGAGGGAGGUGGAGAGGGAGUGGGCUGUUUGGGAGUGA